AGACACAUCUGUGUUAUAAUCGCGUAAUCUUUCCAGGCACUCUAGCGAACACACUCUGCCAGAGGGCCUAUCACCAUGCGCGUCGCAGAAAUGAUAUUAGCUGCCUAUGGCAACUUGGAAGCUAGCCUUAGUUGAGGAUUUCGUUAUACGUGUAAAAUAGACUGGCUACUGUUUGCUAAUGAGCUAGUGGUUUGAAGAAGAAAACAAUAUUUUACGUACACAACGUAGCUAUCCAAAUGGCGCAGUCGGUACACAUAAUGUACCUAGUGUAACAGGAAGGCUAUCAAGGUUCAGGUGUGUGGUCAGAGGAUUUCACCAUGCCUCACAAGAUUUUAAAGAGUGCCCACUACAUCGAGCUGGGAAGUUACCAGUAUUGGCCAGUUCUUGUUCCAAGGGGUAUCCGAUUGUACACAUACGAACAGAUUCCAUUGUACCUGAGACAAAAUCCAUACAUAACAGAUGGGUACCGGGCGUAUCUUCCGUCUAGGCUGUGUAUUAAAAGCUUGUUCAUCCUGUCUAAUGAAACGGUGAACAUCUGGAGCCAUCUGCUAGGGUUCUUCCUGUUCUUCUCGCUGGGGCUUUAUGACAUGACCACAGUGCUACCAGCCACGGGAGCAUCCAGAGAGGACUACGUCAUCUACUCCAUAGGGCUUUUCUGCUUUCAGGUGUCCAUGCUGUGCUCGGUGGGCUAUCACCUGUUCUGCUGCCACCGCUCAGAGAAAAGCAGCCGCCGCUGGACGGCGCUCGACUACACGGGCAUCUCCAUCGGCAUCCUGGGCUGCUACGUCCCCGGGGUCUUCUACGCCUUCUACUGCAACAACUACUGGCGGCAGGUGUACCUGAUCGCGGUGCUGGCCAUGAUCCUGGGCGUCUUCUUCGCCCAGAUCCACCCCCACUACCUCACGCAGCAGUGGCACCGCCUGCGUCUGGCCAUCUUCUGCUCGGUGGCUGGCUACGGCGUCGUUCCCACAAUCCACUGGGUCUGGCUCAGCGGCGGCUUCGGCGCCGACAUCGUCCAGGCUUUCGUCCCUCGCGUUCUGGUGAUGUACUUGAUAGCGGCUGUGGCCUUCGUCGUUUACGUCUCCAAAGUUCCGGAGCGAUACUUUCCAGGCCAGCUGAAUUACCUGGGCUCCAGUCACCAGCUCUGGCACGUGCUGGUGGUGAUCAUGUUCUACUGGUGGCACCAGUCGGCUGUGUUCAUCACACACUACAGACACAGCCAGCCCUGCCCCGAUCAGUCUCUCCACGCCUGAGGCCCUGUGGCUAGCCCUGCCCACACUACCUGCACCGACUCUAAGGACUUCAGAGCUAGCCUUCUAUGGACAAGGGUUCGACACUACGCCCUGUAUGGUCUACCUGCUCUGUAGCCAGCCCCACUGGGACUGCUAACUCCAAAACAAGGGCUCUACAGCUAGCCCUGUCUGGACUACUUGCUCUGCAACCAGCUUUGCAGUCACCUGCUUUUGCCCUGCAGAGACCACACCCAUAGCCCCGCCCCCACCACUAUUAUGACAUCACAUCUUUUCCAGGGCCUGAGACCGAUCACCUGAUCUAAGAGUAGCAGAACUUGAUCUGCAAUAGCAUUCAGUCUGCAGGCUAAAGGACACUUUGACAGCACUUGUGUUCGUGAGAAUGUGAACGUGACGUUAUUGUUUAGAUUCUGGCAUUGUCUAGCCUUCUAAAAAACUGAAGAAGCAAAUUUUUUUCUGUCGGUGCAUUUGCUUGAAUGUCAGAACUGAUGCAUCGAUCGAUCCUCUCCAAAUUAUUCUAUACAGGACAGCCCACCGUUCAUCCACCUUCGUGUGAAUGCAACAUUUACAUAUCCCCCCCUCCCCACCCACCGACUUUGUUGCAAUGAUCUAAACUAUCGUCAUUCAAAUCCCAUUAAUAUUCAAAUUAUGAUUAAUAGCUGCUCUUUGUUUUGUUUUGAAAGUGCGUUUGACAGAUAGGGCUUUAAUCAGGCAGUCGUUAGUUAGGGGCAUCGUUCUAAUCGUAGGCGGCGCAUCCGAGGUUCGCGAGCGAUCAGUGUUCUUGCGGAAGUAUUUGCACUCGAGUCGGUUCGGUACAGAAUGGCCGAACGUGCGUUGAGAGACAUUCGGCGUGGUAGGCCUACUGCAUGGGCGAUAACGGUAUGAGGCUCAAACGCUGGCACCGUGCCUUUGCAUCGCAUGUGUUCUAACUUUGGUGCCGGGACGGUUCCCAGAUUAUUCAUCACCCUUCACGCGCACUAACAAGCGCGUGCUGGUUCUGUCAGUGCUCGUAUUUUAUUUAUACCGCCUAGUCUAAAGCAGGGUAGGGUACCUCAUUCUUGAACCAGCAAACGAAUUCGGAAAAAAAGACGCACUUCAGUUGUGUGUUUAUUUACUUUCGGCCAUUUUGGAAUUUUCUGCGUUGUACGAGCACGCACGAUCGAAACGUAAACCAAAGAUGGAGCCCGAAGUUUAACCUAUGAUCGUGCUUUUAAGCCUGUGGAACCCGCAGCUAAGAAAUGUUGACACGUCUGUCGCAUUUAUUGCUGUAGUUAUCUUCUUCAGGUUUAAUGUAUGUUGCCUUACGCCGUACAGCUUUAUAAAAAUGUGGAGUAGUGUGGUUAAUUGCACAUUUUGUUUAGUAUAAGUUUGAGUCAGGAGCUUUUAGUAUUUUAGAGAAUUUUAAAUGUUUGUGUUAGUUAUUUUAGCAGAAGCAUGCAUUAACUGUGCACUGUAUGGUAGUGAUAUAGCCCAGCUGUACAAUAGCCUAUUUAUUUCUUAAUUUGAUUAGAAACUGUCCUUCAGGCACUUGUUCUAGUGUAAUUUAUUUCAAGGAAAAAUACAUUUAAAUUCCUGCUAAAUAUAGGAAAGCGUUCAACAAGAAAGGCUGUUUAGGCUCUGUACAGAACUUGUCUUUCAUGCGUCAUACCUCCGACUGUGCAAACAAUAUGUCAGUAUCAUCAACACCCGGUCACUGUUUGAUUUACAAAUGGACCAAGCGUGUGUUGACACUUAUUUCUUUUCUUUUUUUUGCCUCGAUUCUGAAUUCAUUUUCCAGGCAAAGUCCAAACACUGUUACAUGCUCUGGAGCUAGACACUGUAGCCCUUUACAAACCAAAGCGCUAAGAGGUCUGCAGAGCUGUAAUACCUCUGAUAGAGGUGCCCUUUAAAAAGCAGGAGAGUCCGUGCACUGAGCCUGCGUCGCUGGCAUUUUUAUGUCUUUUUUUUUUUAAUUAUGCGGCUCAUGCCUUGCUCAGAUGGGCACGGGUAGAUCAUUGUUUACAGCAAUGUUACAUUUCUCUCAUUGUCCUCUGUGCACGUAUAUACAUUACAAGCUAAACACUGUAAAAUAUCAACUGUCUAUCAUUAUUGAUACUGAAACUUUUUGAUGGGCAUGUGUGCUUUAUGAAUAAAACCAUAUGACGUUUUUA